AUGGCAGAAUACUCGGAAAUAGCACAUAAGCACUUGGCUAAUGCCCCCGGUAGUAUCGUAAAUGACAUUUAUCCGGCCCAUUCGCCACAAAUGCACAUGCAAGCACCUUCGCAAUACCCGGUACGCUUCCAGGAACUACCUCGGCUGCACGUGCCACCCUUUGCACUCACGCAGCAGUCUAUCCCUACAUGGAAGAUGUCACAGCAGUCUGUACCACGGAUGAGUGUGUCAAAUUUGCUGUCUGGGAGCUUCCGGAGUCGUGCUAUACCGCAACCACAAGCUCCUAGAUUAACAGUAACACCGCCAUCACCUCCCACUCUACGUCGUCUGCCCAGUUUUGCUGAUAUCCUCGCACGUACUCACCUUCUUCACUUCAUGGGUCGAUCAAGUGUACCCACUGAGACUCCUACUUCUACGAUAGAGGCAUCUAUGGAAGAUGAUAUGCAGAUGCAACCCGAGAAAAUGAUAACGCCAAUGUAUCAGCAGCAGAUAUCAAUGCAGCUAAUGGAAAACAGCUACACGACAUUUGCCCCUCCUUGUCUGGACACGAACUUGAACAUGGACACGUCAAUCAACAUGACUGAUGAGCUACAGAGUCCUAUGGGUGUAACAUCACCUGUGAGUCAGACUAGUGAGACGAACAAACGGCGUGAACGUUGGACAGAGGAAGAACAUGCUUGCUUCAUGGAAGGCCUGAAUCGUUAUGGUCGUAAAUGGAAGAAGAUUCAAACGUUUGUCAAGACCAAGACAGCUGUGCAAGUCCGCACUCAUGCCUAUGGAUACUUUGCAAAAUUACUUCGGAAUAUGCCAGAGGACGAUGCCAUUUGGGACCUCGCUGAAGAGAUGAGUUCUCUACCUGGUGCUGUACUGAAAGGCCCGGGGAAUAGCAAACGCCGCAACGAGCCCAAGACGGACGAGGCCGGUAUGGAAGUGCUCCGUCGCUUUGUGUUCUCUAAGAAAAAGUCUGAGGACAAGAAGCAAUUGCUUGCGUCCAAUGAGACGACUGAGGACCAUGAGAACGUGGAAAUGGCUGACUCGACUCCGUCUAACGCCAACUCACAGGCACCCACAGGAUUGUGGAGCUCUACGCAGCUAUGGAAAGCCGAUGACUCGGAUGCGAUGCUGGAGAUUAAACGUCAGCGCUUGAACUAG